AGACAUUAUAUUGCUGCGGACGAAGUGAAGGAAGGGGAGCAAUUCUCCAGAUGACAAGGGUGCUCGGGCCGCUGUAGGCAGUCCUCCACACACUCGAACCAACUGCUACAUGGUUCACAACAAGUAGUAGUGUCAAACAUCUCGGGCAGCGUAGUCCGACGCGUUUUGUUUUCGUCGUUGUUUAGCUAAGUUGCCGGCAGACAUGACUACCCUGGUUCAGCGGAAUUCGGGCCUCGUGCAGAGGCGGACUGAAGCCUCGCGCAACGCCGCUGACAAAGACCGUCCGUCCGGCGAGGAGGACCACGAGCCCCGACGGGGGGACGACCAGGACGACGAUGAUACCGGAGACUCCAAAGAAACACGUCUCACCUUGAUGGAAGAAGUGCUGUUGUUAGGACUGAAGGACCGAGAGGGCUACACCUCGUUCUGGAAUGACUGCAUUUCAUCAGGGCUGCGAGGGUGCAUGCUGAUUGAACUGGCCCUGCGAGGACGUCUUCAGCUGGAAGCUUGUGGCAUGAGGAGGAAAGGUCUGCUGGCCAGGAAGGUGAUUUGUAAGUCAGAUGCUCCAACAGGUGACGUGCUCCUGGAUGAAGCACUUAAACACAUCAAAGACACCCAGCCUCCGGAGACGGUGCAGAGCUGGAUCGAACUGCUCAGUGGAGAGACGUGGAACCCACUAAAGCUCCAUUAUCAACUGCGCAAUGUCCGUGAACGGCUGGCCAAAAACCUGGUGGAAAAAGGCGUCCUCACCACCGAGAAGCAGAACUUCCUGCUUUUUGACAUGACCACACAUCCUCUGACCAACAACAACAUCAAGCAGCGGCUCAUCAAGAAGGUCCAGGAGGCCGUACUGGACAAGUGGGUGAACGACCCACAUCGAAUGGACAAGCGGCUGCUCGCGCUCAUCUUCUUAGCCCAUUCCUCCGACGUCCUGGAAAAUGCCUUCGCCCCGCUGCUAGACGACCAAUACGACCUUGCCAUGAAGAGAGUGCGGCAGCUGCUGGAACUGGAGCCCGAGGGGGAGAGCAUGAAGGCCAACGCCAACGAGCUGCUAUGGGCUGUGGUGGCCGCCUUCACCAAAUGAGGGUACCACAAAGAGGACAGCAAGCAGUUGUGGCAUUCAAGUGGCAUUGUACUCUUGGGGUAGAAAUCAGACCCUGACAUGGUGACAGAUGACCCAUGCCUGGACUUUUAGAAUGGGCUGCCCUCUUUUCUCAUCCCUCUCCUUCCAUCAUUUUCUUUUCCUUGCAGAUAACUGUCCAUGUUAAUCCUUCAUGUCCCCCCCACCCCCAU